CUGCUUUUUGGCGGAGCAGGCGGCCACAUGGUCAUGAACAAGCCGACUCCGUACAACUUCGACAUUCAGCCGCUGCUGCAAGUCGACCCCCUCAGCGGCGGCCUCUACCCGUUCCCUUGCCACAACCAGUAUGGCUUCACCACGCGUACCCCGGUCGAGGCUGGCGGUGCCACGCUCGUCAACUUCACCGGCGGCGCUCAGCACGGCGGUGGUUCGUGCCAGUUCAGCAUCACCUACGACGAGCCGGUCAACGGCGGCAAUUGGAACAAGUCGGCCUCGUUCAAGACCAUCUACAGCAUCAUCGGCGGCUGCCCUGCCGUGUUCACGGAUGAGUCUCGCAACCUUCCGCUUGCGGCCAUGGACAACAACAAGCGCGCUGAUAGCAAGCAUUGCGGCAACGAUAGCGGUAUCGAUUGCAUCCGCCAGUUCAUGGUCCCCAUCCCCAAGUUCCUCAAGAAUGGCCCUGCGACCUUCGCCUGGACGUGGUUCAACAAGCUGGGCAACAAGGAGAUGUACAUGAACUGUGCUCCCAUCAACAUCACCGGAGGCACUGGAGACGAAAAGCUGAUCGCCGAGCUGCCUGACAUUUUCAUCGCCAACUACCCGAGCGAUCCCGAGGUACCCAACUGCAUCACCGGCACAAGUGCCGAUAAGGUUGUUCUCAACUUCCCCAAGCCAGGCCGGUAUGGUCGUGUUCUGGAGCACCCCCUCGAGCCAGCGACGAAGCCCUCCGGCUACUGCAGUCAGAUCCCGCCCGCCUCGUCGAUCCCGAGCUUUGAG